UUUGCUUUUUUUGAAAUUUGAAGUGAUCUCUGUUUUUGAAUGAUAUUUAACUAUUAUAUUUUAUAUUUCUACCCGCUGCGUUUUGCUAUUUUUGAAUAAAAAUUGUGAUAGUUUCUAAAACAUGUUAUUCUUUUCACUUUUGUUAACAUCCUGUUUAGUUUUAACUUUUGCAGAAGAUGAUUUACAAGGAUACUGCGAUGCUAAACACCAAUCUUGUAACAUUCACUUAGAAGAAGACGAAAAAUACAUACUAUACGAUGUAAACCCUCCAGAAGGCUUCAAUUUAAGGCGAGAUGUCUAUAUGAGGUUCGCAAUUAUGAUGUCAGAAGCACAAAAACACGAGAAUAUGAAAAAUUGGAAAUUAGUUCUGCCACCAUGGUACAACCUAUAUCAUUGGAAAACAGUAGAUUCUUCACACAAACCUGUCCCCUGGAGUAUGUUUUUCGAUAUGGAAUCACUCAGGAACUUCGCACCAGUAGUCGAAUUAUACGAAAUUUUUCCAAAAACCAAAAGAAAACAUUUUGAAAUCAACAGGUUGUACAUUUUACAAAACUUCCCAGAUGCCUUUGAAAAUGGUAUUUUUGAUGAUAAAUGGGAGAUUGAUAAAGAUUGUCACUACAGUGGAAGUUUCUGGGGCUAUAAUAACAUAACAGUUAAAGAGAUAGACUGUGUAAAAUUUCAAGGAAGGACAUCUAUGUUACUAGAACUUAUUUCAUUGCAUCCUUCAGAUAAAUAUGUUAUGUUCGCACAUGGAGAGAUACCUUUGCAUGAUUACUAUGGUUCCAAGAGCUUCUGGGAUUGCAGGAAGAGCAUGAAAUUUAGUAAAAAACUUAUUGACAAAGCCAGAAAAUAUAUGUCAGAGAAUUUAAAUUGUAUUGAUGAAAGAUGUAGCACAUACAUUAGCAUUCAUUGGAGGAGGCAGGACUUUGCAAGAGCUCGCAGAAAAGAUGUGCCAUCAAUAAAAGGAACUGUCCGGCAAAUUGAUAAAGCUAUCAAAAAAUAUCACCCACACAUUUUAGAUGUGUUUAUAGCAUCUGAUGCUCAAAAUUCUGAAUUGGAACAAUUAGAAAAUCAACUCAACGAUAUAGGAUAUAGAGUUCAUUUUUAUUUGCCGAGUUCAUCAGAUUUACAGGAGUUCAAAGAUGGUGGUAUAGCAAUAAUUGAUCAAAUCAUUUGUUCACAUGCAGCAUUCUUUAUAGGUACUCAUGAAAGUACAUUUACAUUUAGGAUACAAGAAGAGAGAGAAAUAUUAGGCUUUGAAAGUAAUACUACGUUUAACAGGUUCUGUCCGGAUACAGGAAAGUGUGAACAACCAUCAAAAUGGACUAUUGUGAACUAGAAACCAUAAAUCAUAAGCUUUUACGCUUUACUAAUGGUACUUGAAUAUAUUGAGACUAUCACCAGUUUGGGAAGGCAAGCUCUACUGAAAAAGGAAAUUGUAAAUGAAAAUGUAUUUUGUACUACAAAAGAAAAACUUGCUUGUCUUUACUGGUUGGGUGAAUCCUUGUGUACAUAUUUUUAAUUUUUUACUGUAUAAUAAUUAGCUGUUUUUAUUGUAUAAAAUAAUAGUUUAUAAGUAUAGUUUUUUAUUCAUUAUGAAAACCAAAGAAAUUGUGAAGUGAUAAUAAAUAAUAUACUGAAUACUUAC